GCUCACCAUCCCAUCUAAACAAACACAUAAAACCAUAUAAAAGGAGACAUUAGGCAUGGGAUUCAUUCCCUCUUUAAAAGAUAUACACAUGCUUUUGCACCUUCUCCACUCCUUUUCUCCCCCCUUCCUCAUUCUUCCUUCAGGCACACUACUAUCUUCUUAUUCUUCUUCUUCUUCUUCUUUUUUCUUUAGAGGCAAUGAAAGAUACCAUAAGAUGUUGCAUAUCAUGCAUCCUGCCAUGUGGAUCACUAGAUGUCAUCCGCAUUGUGCAUGCAAAUGGCCGGGUUGAGGAGAUAACACACAGUAUCUGUGCAGCAGAAGUCAUGCAGUCAUAUCCAAAGCAUGUCCUUCGGAGGUCACCUUCGGCCCCCGGCGAGGACAGUGGAACUGUGCCACCAAAUGCUGAGCUUCAGAGGGGGAAAAUAUACUUCCUCACCCCAGUUUCUGUGAGGCAAGAGAAACCGAAAAGGAUGAGGAGGAAGAGAAGAGAGGUGGUGACUCAAGGGGUGACAAGUGAUAGGGCAAGUCUUCUUAUGUCCAACCAGUAUUUGUUGGAGAUUUUAUCUGAGAAGGCGUCAACGCACAUAGACAGGAGGAGAGGGAGAGUUGGGAUAUGGAGGCCACACUUGGAGAGUAUAUCUGAGGUUUCUACUGAUCUAUAAAUAAGAACUUGUUAUCAUUUUUUUUCAUCUUCUUCUUUUUUUGGGUCAUGGGUUUUCUUUGUUUUGAUGAAUUACUCAUUAUUGAAUUACAUUAUGCAGUUGUUACAGAAGAUUCGGUGUGUUCUUUUGUUGUGUAAAGAGAAGAUGUUGUGUAGUUUUGCAAGGAUAAUAAGCUGAGUCUUAUGGUGCUUAUUUAUUUAA